CUCAAUUAUUCAGUUUCUAUACAAGGUCUAAUUUUAGUGUUCUGCUUUUUAUGAUCAGAGGAUAAUCCGGGUGUUUUAUACAACAUUUCUCUCCGACUUCCAAAGUCAUUGAUUUUUCGCCCGGAGGAGUGCGAGAUCACAACGAAGAAAUAUGGGUGACCUCGACCGAUCCUCAAGACUCGUUCUUGAAAAAUCGGAUGUUGAACAGUCUGAGGAUGAGAGAAAGACUAGGAUCGGAUCUCUGAGACGAAGAGCAAUAAAUGCAUCUUCAAAGUUCAGGAAUUCCCUGAAAAGGGGUAGGAGAAGUAGUCGAGUUAUGUCUGUUGCCAUUGAGGAUGUUCGCAAGGAAGAGGAAGUACUAGCUGUCGAUGCUUUCCGCCAAGCCCUGAUAUUGGAAGAGUUGCUUCCUUCAAAGCACGAUGAUUAUCAUUUGAUGCUCAGAUUCUUGAAAGCCAGAAAAUUCGAUGUUGAGAAAACAAAACAAAUGUGGUCUGACAUGCUUCAGUGGAGGAAGGAAUUUGGUGCUGAUACAAUUAUGGAGAAUUCUCUUGUUUCGUCUCAUGCAUUUCAGGAUUUUGAAUUUACUGAACUCGAGCAAGUUCGUGAGUAUUAUCCUCAAGGACACCACGGAGUAGAUAAGGAAGGACGACCUGUUUAUAUUGAAAGAUUGGGUAAAAUCGAUGUUCCAAAGUUGAUGCAAGUUACAACCAUGGACCGAUAUCUGAAAUAUCACGUCCAGGAAUUUGAAAGGACCUUCAUUACUAAGUUCCCAGCUUGUUCAAUUGCGGCAAAAAAGCACAUCGACCAGAGUACAACCAUCUUAGAUGUGCAGGGAGUGGGACUCAAAAACUUCAACAAAGCUGCUAGGGAUCUUCUUCAGCGCCUUCAAAAGAUUGAUGGUGACAACUAUCCUGAGACUUUGUGCCGCAUGUUCAUCAUCAAUGCAGGCCCUGGCUUUAGGAUGUUGUGGAACACUGUCAAAUCUUUCCUUGACCCAAAAACCACAGCAAAGAUCCAUGUUCUUGGAAACAAGUACCAAUGCAAGUUGCUUGAAGUAAUUGAUGCUAGUGAGUUGCCAGAGUUUUUGGGUGGUACUUGCACUUGUGCUGAACACGGUGGUUGCAUGCUCUCAGAUAAAGGGCCGUGGAAGAACCCUGAAAUUUUGAAGGCUGUCCAAAAUGGUGAAGCCAAAUGUACCAAGACCGUGAGCACUCCGGAUGAGAAGACUAUUUCCGAGGAUGAGAUUGUAUACCCAACAAAGGGAUGUGACUCUUCUACUGUGGAAACGUUUUUGGAAGCAGAUGCCCUCUCUCCCAAACUACCAAGAGAAAAAAUUGAGCAUCCCCAACUCUCUCCUGUGCGUGAGGAAUUUCAAGCUAGCAAAGCAGCAUUCCCCAACCUCUACAAGUACGACGACUUCAUGCCCAUGGUUGACAAGAGCGUGGAUGCUACCUGGAACACCAUGACACAAAAUGAUAAACUCGCUUUUGCUCAAGUGGCAGCUUGUUUCCCUGUUGUUAAUGCUGGCAAGGGUCAUGAAGGAAUCAGUUCUCAGAUCUUUACUGCAAUCAUGGCAUUCAUUAUGGGAAUUAUCGCUAUGAUCAGAUUGACACGCAGCAUGCCAAAGAGGUUGACAGAUGCCAACCUCUAUUCUACCCAAGUUUACGGUGUCGACACCAUGGUUAAAGUUCAGGCCCCAAACCAAUGUCCCGUGGCCACCAUUUCUGGCCCUGAAUACUACGCUAUCAUGAAGCGCAUGGCUGAUUUGGAAGAUAAGGUGACUGGUCUAAGCUCGAAACCUGCAACAAUGCCAGCUGAUAAAGAAGAAAUGUUGAAUGCUGCUCUAAACCGUGUUGAUGCUUUGGAGCAAGAACUUUUGACGACUAAAAAGGCUCUGGACGAAGCCCUUGCAAAACAGGAGGAACUUUUAGCUUACAUCGACAAGAAGAAAAAGAAGAAGAAGUUGAAAUUGUUUGGUUUCUGAUUGGAAAAGAAUCCUUUUAGAAGAAAGCCGUUAACGUGAUGCUCGGACUCAGGCGUAUAUAUCAUGUUAAAAUAUGUGUGUAUAUUGGUGUUUGUGGUUUUAGUGAUCUUGGUGGUAGCUGUAUCUUUCAGCUCUUCAAAUCUCUAUCCAAUUGUAUUAUGUUUUGUUUUUGAAACUCCCAAACAAGGUCGAGAAUUUGGUUGCAUACGAAGGUUCCCAGUCUUCAACACUUGUAUGCAUCUGUUAAUAAAUCGCGGCAAGCGUUAUUAAAUAUCCUAUAAAUUUUCGUUUUUACACUAUC